CUUGACGAGGAGCAGUGGACGUUUCUCGGUCAUCUUUAUCCCAUCGUUGAUCAAUUCUGUCGGGCCAUAGUCCACCUCGAGGCUCGUAACCGACCGUUCCUCUAUGAAGUCAUUCCCAGCAUGGACAACCUCAUCACCUUCCUGGAGGACAAGGCCAGCGACGAGAACCUUCCCAUUGCAAUCCGCACUGCCGCCUUCAACGGUCUAAAGAUCAUGAAGAAGUACUAUGCCCUCACUGAUGACUCAAUUCUU